AUGGCCCUGAUGUAUGCAAAUGCAUACAUGUAUAUGUACGAAAUUCAAGAUAUCCUGGCACAGUUUGGUCAACAUAUCAUGGUGUAUUAUCGCUACAUUGAUGACCUCUUGGUAAUUUGGAAAGGCACACAAGUUGAAGCACAUGACAUGGUGGAGUGA